ACAAAUCGAAACUGAAUCUGGGAAGAGGCGCUUCCUUGAAGGAAGGAGGAAAACGAAAAUCAUGCCUGUAGCUUUAAGACGAGAGAAAGGCUGGAUAGGAGGAGGGAGGUGGCUUGACACUCAGUGAGUCUGAGCUGUGGACUGGAGGCACAAGAAAAUCUUCCUGGAGGGAGUUGCUGGCAUUGAUCUGAGCUCUGGACGCUGUCACUGUCUGUACAGACAUUUUAUUGCAGCUCUCUGCCUGAAACAUAUGGAAGAGCAGGACCAGGGAUAAGAGCUAUGCCCCCCAUGUCUCCUCUACCCCCCAUCACCACCCUCGCUGCCUGAAACAAAAAGACCUCCAUAGAAGAUCCCACACAGCAUCCUCCCUGCACCCUCCUCAUUCAGCACACAGUGUGGGAAGCAGCCAGCAGCCGUCAUGGGACACUCACCUCUAGAAUUCAGUGACUGUUACUUGGACAGCCCAGGUUUCAGAGAGCGCUUGAAGGGUUAUGAGCAAGAGCUAGAGAGAACCAACAAGUUCAUAAAAGAUGUUAUAAAAGAUGGGAAUGCCUUGAUCACCGCUAUAAAAGGUUAUUCCUGUGCGGUGCAGAAAUUUUCCCAAACCUUACAAAACUUCCAGUUUGAUUUCAUAGGAGACACCAUGACAGAUGAUGAACUAAAUAUUGCUGAAUCUUUUAAAGAGUUUGCGGAUGUGCUGCAGGAGGUGGAGGAAGAGAGGAUGAUGAUGCUACAAAAUGCUGAUGAUCUCCUGAUCAAACCCUUGGAAAACUUCCGCAAAGAACAGAUUGGGCUCACCAAGGAGAGGAAAAAGAAAUUUGAUAAGGACAGUGAGAAGUUUUAUUCUCUCCUUGAUCGGCACCUGCACCUGUCCUCCAAAAAGAAGGAGACCCAGCUGCAAGAGGCUGACCAGCAGGUGGACAAAGAGAGGCACAAUUUUUACGAGUCUUCUCUGGAAUAUAUCUACCAAAUCCAGGAGGUGGAAGAGAGCAAGAAAUUCAGCAUUGUGGAACCAGUUCUGGCCUUCUUGCAUUGUCUCUUCACGUCAAAUAGUCUUACCUUUGAACUUACUCAAGAUUUUCUACCAUACAAACAGCAACUGCAGCUCAGUCUACAAAACACAAGAAAUCAUUUCAGUACCACCCGAGAAGAGAUGGCAGAUCUGAAGAAGAGAAUGACUGAAGCUCCUAUGAAUUUCAAGCUUCAAGGACAGAGCACCAUCGAAGGAUACCUGUACUCACAAGAAAAACGGGCUCUUGGUAUUACAUGGGUGAAAUAUUAUUGCAGAUAUGAAAAGGAGGGGAGAAAUUUAAGUUUGACACCUGUAGAGCAGAAGCCAGGAUCCAGACAGGCUUCCCAGGAGCUGACCCUAAAGUCUUGCAUCAGAAGGAAGAGCGAUUCUAUUGACAAGCGAUUUUGCUUUGAUGUAGAGACCAAUGAAAGACCAGGGACACUCACCUUGCAGGCUCUGUCAGAGACAAACAGACGGCUAUGGAUUGAAGCAAUGGACGGGAAGGAACCAAUUUAUCACAGUCCGAUCACAAAGCGGGAUGAAAUGGAGCUGAAUGAGGUGGGAUUCCGGUUUGUUCGGAAGUGUAUCAACGCAGUGGAGACAACUGGGAUUACAACGGAAGGAGUUUACAGGACAGUGGGAAGUAACAUUCAGGUGCAGAAGCUCCUAAAUGCCUUCUUUGACCUUAAAUGUCCUGGAAAUGUGGACCUGCAGAGCAGUGAAUGGGACAUCAAAACAGUUACCAGCUCGCUAAAGUUUUACCUCAGGAAUCUCUCAGAACCCGUGAUGACUUACAAACUGCACAGGGACCUCCUGUCUGCUGCAAAGUCUGAGAAUUUGGAUUACCGUCUGGGAGAGAUUCACUGCCUUGUGUACAGGCUGCCAGAUAUUCACCGGGGAAUGCUGGAACUGAUCAUACGCCACUUAUCCAGGGUCUGUGAAUACAGCAAGCAGAACCUCAUGUCACCAUCUAAUAUGGGGGUCAUUUUUGGCCCAACUCUAAUGAGAGCUCAGGAGGACACUGUGGCCGCCAUGAUGAACAUAAAGUUUCAAAAUAUUGUGGUUGAACUUCUCAUAGAACAUUGUGAUAAGAUAUUCUCUAGUCCUCCAGAAGAAAACACUGCACCACCUGUACCACCACCACGGAUAACACCCCGAACUCAUAAACCUAUUACCAUCUCAAAGCGUCAACCAAGAGGGAGGUGUGGACUUCAUCAUGGGUUAAGUGAAGGGGAAGAUGACAUUAUAUCACAGAAUCACAACGGGUCCUUCUCCAACAGUGAGCCUCCUCUCCCAAUGCAACGCAAAAAGCCAAUUCCCAGGGUGGAUGUGCAGACAUCCUCAAAUUCUUAUAAUGAGGAUUAUGUUGCCAAGAUGAUCUCCUUCAUGCAAGACAAAGGAGCAAAGACGAGCGCAAACCAUUUAAAUGGGGAGUUGCCUCAAUCCUCAGUGAUGUCCAAAGCAUCUCCAGUGUAUGCAAAACGUCCCAUGAUAAUUCCCAGAGAAAAUGAUGGGGAUAUUGCCAGUAAACCUCGCACCCCUGGAGAAAGGCCAGUUAUCUCCCGACCUCCUGUCAGACCCCCAGAUCCUCCCUGUAGGGUAGCACUACUCCCGAAAACAGAGCCAAAAAGUGAAGCCAUCUCUGGAGGAAAGGAGAGCAUAUAUUCUUCUGUAGUUGCUUCCCGAACCAAAUUCUUUGAGAAGGCAUCCAGACCAAGGGAGAGCCCGCCGUCGCCUCCCAAUAGGGUCAGCUUGGAGGAAAGCUGAGAAUUGAGGUGGUGAUGCAAAUUCUUCCUGGCUGGUCCAAGGAAAGAUGCCUACCAUUUCUGGAUGGUGACCUUAUUAGGCAGCUGAGACAUUAGGAGACCACGCAGUGGACUUUAAAGAUUACCCUUCUUGUUUGUUUUUUUACUAUCAGGAUAUUACAAGAAGUAUUACAUAUUUCUUCUAAAAGCCAAUGGACACUUGAAGAAGCAAAUGCAUUGCAAGCUCUUAAUGUUACAAAGUUUAACCACCACUUGGAGGACCAAUAACUCUCCAAUCAGAAUGAACAGACCAUAAAUAAUGUUUAAAUAUUACCUUAAUGUAGGCCGUUGCAGUAAGGUAUUUACAGGUAUUAGCUGGCUGCUUAUGUGAGUGGAGUGGGUGCCUAAUGUUUUUUACCUUACUUGUGCUAGUCGGCCUCUUCCGUGUUAUUGAGAAUCCUUUGCAUGCUUUGCACUCACAGAUAACCUGACUUGCCGUUCAAAGACAUUUAAAGGGUUAAUAUUUGGUUUACUACCAAAAAAUGUAUUGAAUAGUUUAGUCUGGGUUUUAGAAUUUAUAAAACUCAAACUGCUAUCCAUUUUUCAUAGGAAGUUUAGAAAUUAGUUAUUUUAAUAUUUACAGUACAACGCAUGUGUUUAUAUAUGUGUGUGACUGUAAUAUAUAUUUCACAAAACACACAACAAACACACAUUUCAGUUUGGUUGAUGAAGAUCUUAGGAAGAAGUCUAGCACACACAUUUUGUUUCAGCAUGUUACAUACAUUUAUAUUAGUAAAUUAUUAGUAAAUAUUUUAAAAUAUAAACAAAAAAUAAAUAUGAAUUUAAUGUGUUAUUGGCUGUUACAAAGUUGUUUGGGAAAGCAGAAUUUUUAUCAGACUUUUCCAUCAAGGCAGCCAGUCCUGUUUAGUCAUUCCUUGGAAAUGCGUGGGCACAAAGAAAAUGUAUCUCAUGCUUUUGAAUGAAUCCUACAUUUUCAAGAGUCUGAGUGCCUUAAUGGACUUUCAGUGUAAGUAAGUUACCACCUGUGUAUGUAAUUUACCAUUAGUGUGGCUAACAAGGUAAAGAGGGUAGGUUAAUUCCAGCUCCAUCUGGUUGCGUGAAUUGUACUGACAUUCACAUUAUAAAAGAAUGUAACCUGGUCAUUAUAAAAUCAUAUAUCGAUAUACUAGGCCAGGGCUGAAAAUAUCUGAGAACAGCUAAGCAGACAAUCCAUACAGUUAGAGACAUUAUAGGCACAAUAACCACUUCAUCUCAAUGAAGUUGCUUUUGUGCCUAGAGUCCUCUGUCUCCAUUAUACUAUUCAGUGUUAAACUGUUUUUGAAUUGUAUACCACUAAAUGAGGGUCCCAGGGCACAUACUGCCCGGACCUUCUCUGCUGCUAGGCCUUAUGUUUCUACGUUAGUUAGACUGAGGGUUUCCAGACUGUCACUGCUGCCCAUUGCUGUUAUACUUGGUAUGGGUAAUGCAUUAGUUACACCCUCCAAUGGCAGACAGAGCCACAGAUGCCUGGGUAGUUUUAUUUUAUGCCAAACCGUUUAAAACUGUUUAACACUAAAGUUUGUCACUUCCCCAUUGGACUCCGGGCACCAUACCUCCUUUACUGGAAUUGAAGUGGCUGUGGUGCAUAGAGUGUCCUUUAAUUGAAGGUUUCGGUUUCUAGAAGUUAAUGGAGGAUUUUAUAUAAGCUGUGAAUCAUUCCAUUCUUAGCCUCUGCAAAAGGAACACUUGGUACAGUAAUCACUACCAGCAAUGGAGGAAAACUCAAUUUAAUUCGACCAUAGUUUGUAUUUUCAACACAGACGUACCAACAUUUUUCUUGGUAUGCUUUUAAAAUAUUUCAACUCCGGUAGCUUAUGUAAUUUUUAACAAAUGUCUUUAUCCAAAGUACUUAAUUUUAUUUCUAAAACAUACAAUUGUAUGGACCAGAACAGAGACUUCUUGGUGUUUCUGAUGUAUAUUUUUAGUGCAUACUAUGCCAUGUUUUUUACAGCAGGUCAGACUUUGGGAGAGAUCUGUGACACCAUCAAUAAACUCCAGCAUGCGGGUUUUGAUCCUGAAAAUGUUGGCACUUUUCCUCAUUUUGUAGUCAUAGAUUUCUUUGUAUGUGAAUAGUCAUGUAAAUUUGCUCUGUAUAAUAUUUGUCUGUAUGAAGGGUCAAUUUUCAAAAAGUAUUAAGUGGAAAGAAUGAAGGAAAAAAAAUAAUGAAAUAAACUCAAUGUAAAUGUAAA